AUGGACGCCCCUCCGCUUCGUGACGAGGCCGCUCGCGAUAACAAGCGAGCAGCAACGGAGUUCCUUGACCCAGUUGACCCACGGGCUAGAAGGUUUUACCGCGCGGACAUAGCUGUGAUGAUAAAUAGAGGACUUCGAAGAUUCACGAUUAGCAUUGACGAAAUUCGAGCCCAUAGCCCCGAAUUAGCGAAAGGCCUCCUUACUUCCCCGUUUGCCUAUUGCCAGGCAUUUGAUGAAGCGUUACGAGAAAUAGUCACAACUAUCGCCAGUCAACCAAGGAGAGAUGAAACAGAUGAAACCGAAUAUCAUUGUGCAUAUGUCGGUGCAUUCGGCGAAUACUCUUGCAAUCCUAGAACGCUCAGUUCAUCACAUUUAAACCGAAUGAUUGCCCUUGAGGGGAUAGUGACUAAAUGCUCACUAGUCAGACCAAAGGUUAUUAGAAGCGUCCAUUACAACCCCAAGGAAAAAUCCUUCCUGUCAAGGACAUACCAAGACCAGACCAUGACGGCCAGUGGAGCUACCAGCUUAAAUGGUAGUUAUAUUUACUUUACUAAUUUAUCGGCAAAGCUCAUAACCGAGUAUGGAUAUUGCAAAUACCGGGACCAUCAAAUGAUAUCCAUCCAGGAAAUGCCCGAAAGGGCACCAGCUGGGCAGCUCCCGCGUGGUGUUGAUGUUAUCCUUGAUGACGACCUUGUUGACAAAGCUAAGCCAGGAGACAGGAUACAGCUCGUAGGAGUUUACCGAUCUCUUGGAAAUCGAAACGCGAGCUCAGGCAGCGCCACUUUUCGUACUGUUGUUCUUGCAAAUAAUAUCAUACAUCUUGCCUCUAAGUCUGGUGGAGGAAUUGUUCAACCCACAAUAACGGAUACGGAUGUUCGAAACAUCAACAAACUGGCAAAGAAAAAGAACAUAUUCGACCUCCUUUCCCAGUCUCUUGCACCGAGUAUAUAUGGCCACGAUUAUAUUAAGAGAGCUAUAUUGUUGAUGCUCUUAGGAGGCAUUGAGAAGAAUCUCGACAAUGGAACCCAUCUACGUGGUGAUAUAAACAUAUUAAUGGUUGGUGAUCCUUCUACCGCCAAAUCCCAGCUUCUACGGUUUGUUCUCAAUACAGCUCCGUUAGCUAUUGCCACCACUGGUCGAGGGUCAUCCGGUGUUGGUCUCACUGCUGCUGUGACGACCGAUAAGGAAACAGGAGAGCGUAGGCUAGAAGCAGGCGCUAUGGUCUUGGGAGAUCGGGGAGUAGUAUGCAUCGACGAGUUCGACAAGAUGAGUGACGUUGACCGAGUAGCAAUUCAUGAAGUUAUGGAGCAACAGACGGUCACAAUUGCAAAGGCUGGCAUUCACACGUCUUUGAAUGCCCGGUGCAGUGUGAUUGCAGCGGCGAAUCCAAUCUUUGGACAAUAUGAUACGCACAAGGAUCCGCAUAAAAACAUUGCUUUACCCGACUCGCUCUUAUCCCGUUUCGAUCUUCUCUUUGUGGUGACGGAUGAUAUCGAUGACACCAGAGACAGGCUCGUUUCUGAGCACGUACUGAGAAUGCAUCAGUACCGUGAUCCAAGGCAGGAAGAAGGGGCCCCCGUACGUGAGCAGGUUGGUUCCAGUCUGGGAGUUGGUCUAGAGGAGAGCCAGGACGCGAACAGGACGACCGAGGUAUACGAGAAAUUCAACGUGAUGCUUCACGCCGGCAUUUCUCAGACGGGAAAAAGAGGCGGGAAGAAGGUGGAAAUACUCAGCCUGCCGUUUGUCAAGAAAUAUAUUCAGUACGCCAAAUCACGAAUUAAGCCAGUCCUCAGCAAGGGUGCGGCGGAUCAUAUUGUGAGCACAUACUCGGCGCUCCGAAAUGACGAGCUACUCGGAAACCAGAGGAAGACAUCUCCCAUGACGGCGCGUACGCUUGAGACGUUAAUCCGUCUUUCCACAGCUCAUGCAAAGGCACGCCUUUCAAACAGGGUAGAUGAAAAGGACGCAAAGGCAGCCGAGGCUAUUCUUCGAUUUGCCUUGUUUAAAGAAGUUGUUGAGGACGAGAGACGCAAGAGACGCAAAACCGCCAAUAUACCAGAAUCCGACUCGGAUUCCGAUGAGUCUGAUGACGAUGACAGAGACUAUACUCCUCGCCGGAGGACGACGCAGUCAGCGACGGGCGCUCGAUCCGGCACCCGGUCUGGCCUGAGGGGCUCUAGAGCUACGCCUACUCCUGGUGGAAAUGGCAAUGAUGAUGAUGCAGACGAGAUAUACAACGCUACCCCUGAUAGCAGACAACGGCUCUCAUCAUCCGGCCAGACGCGAAGCCAACAGACACAGUCCCAGUCGCGAAUGUCGGUGGCCUCGUCGCAACCAGCAUCACAGCUUCUCGAGUCUCAGGAAACAGACAACACCGAGUCUCAAGCCGAUAUCCUGGCGAAUGCGGUUGCGGCGUCUGCUUCCCUGCCUCCCCUCCCGCCGGCUCGUCUAAGUACCUUCCGACAAGCCCUGGGCCCGCUCAUGAGGUCAGACCUGUUCCAGGGAGAUUCUGCAGAUGUACAGCGGGUAGUCGACGCGGUGAACUCUUCAGUGCGCUCAUCCGGAGCGGGAAGCGAUGGCGUGUUUGAGCUGGCCGAAGCACUCCAGGCUUUGGCCGUGAUGAAUGACCGAAACGAAAUUAUGUAUCUUGGUGAUGAGACCGUUUAUCGGCUUUGA